GCAGGUCGUCCUUCAGGGGCCUGGGUUGAAGUAACCUUCUGAUCAUUGAGUCAACCUUCCCUAUGAGAAGGUCAUGAAGUGUGCUGCAGUGUUGGAAAACAGGCCUUUGGGAGUACCUGCGUAACAGCGGGUUUAUCUAUAAAAAUACAACCGCAGGCUUCUCUCUGUGCCGUCCUCACCAUACUCGUGAUUCACUCGCCACGCAUUCAUCGUAUCGCUCUUGCGAUUUCAAGUUUCACGGCCAUGCAAAUCAGCCUUGAUCGUAUUGAAUUCUACCAGCCCUCCUACCAGCCCUCAGCGGCUGCACCAUCCUUCAUAGAUCUCACGACGCCGGACAGUCUGAGACGAUCAGUUUGCAAGCUGCCGAGAAACGAAGCUCUCUCUAUGCCCGAUGAGCGCGCCGAACGACAAAGACUACGCAGCCACCAGCCGGCUGACGAGAACGCCAUUGUAAUAUCGGAUGACGACGGUUGUGAUGACGACGACGGCGAUGGAAACGCCCGAGACAUUCCGGCACCUGUGCCCGAGAGGCAGCCGUCGACUGCCGAUGAAGGUGGUAUUCUUAGCUCACGAUCGGUCUCGAACUUUCGGGCUGACUCGAUAUGCGGCCCUGUUGUUGACCCUCACCACAUCGAGGCGUUCUCACAACAUCCUGAGAAAGCAAGAGACAAUGUCGUAUUCGCAGGGGACGGAGACUCUUCGACAUAUUGCACUCUACAAGCACCAUCGUCUCUAGUUCUGCCAGCCCUUCUUCCCGCCCCCGGUGCCUCUGCCUCCGAGGACGACCAUGACAUGGGACGGGUCCGAACUCCCUCGGAGCUGGUCUCAAGUCCUGCUUAUGACGUCCUUCAACCCUCGCUGCCACAUACUGGAGGCUCCCAAGAUUCUUCUAGCUAUGUGUCUCAAGCCAGCUCCGAUGGGUCAGAUGCGGAAGGUCCGGAGCGGACACUAUCGCCUUCACCCUUGCGUGCAGAGCCUUUGGACCAGAUUAUCGUUACAACGACAAUCGACCCAACUGAAGGCCUUGCAGGCUCAGCAGCGUCUCUGCUUGCCUCUUCCCUUUCGUCCCAGCUGUCCCCGUCGAUCUGCGAGGGAUUACAGUUGGUCCAACGCGACCUACAAGACACAAGGCGAGCUCAAAAAUAUGCCAGCUGUCCCAACACGACCAGCAACGCUUUCUUUGCCUCAAAAAACACAGUGAUGGCCACCUGCACAUCGCCAUGUGACACAGCAUUCGUGUCUGCACCCUUCACCACACCGCGGCAGCGAGGGCGGACCCGGGGGCCCCCUUUACCGUCUAGCGUUAAGCGAACGCGGCGUACACUGCCAGCCCAUGGAUUCUCCCAGCGACGAAGUGCACGUCUCCGCUCUACAUCGAGCAAUGCACUAGACGCCUAUAUUCAGCAUGAAGCGAACCAGAAUUCCGAAUCCAACAUUGGUCCUUCCUCGUUAGACGGAAGCGGCAGCGACGAAAGCUAUACGGCAAGGUCGAUAAACAGCACCGAAGAAAGGAGCGACAGCGGGCUGGACGAAAUUGACAUGCCGUCCCCGAAACGUCGCAAGGCAUCUCCUCCACAGACAGCCGCCGCCCAACGUCGAAGCUUGCGACACUCUUCAAGGCUGUCGGCGGCCCCUGGUACAGCCGUGGUGCGGAAGAUGUCCGAACUUCUGGUAUUGCUACCCCGCCAUUAUCCACGCGUCAAUCGUCUGACCGAAACUCUGUCGAUAAAGCGUGUGUUGCCAGGUUUGAGGAGUGGCCAUUAGAGGGCGUCUCUCUGAAGCGCGUAACAGUGAAUGGUGUGGCGACAUUUCAGCUGCAGUUUUCAUGGGACCCGCAAGUAGACCGGCGCCGGAAUAAUGGUAUGGCGGAGACACGACCCUUUUCAUGUCCUCGUGGGAAACGGCACGGAAAGAAACAUGCAAACAGUUCGGGCAGACCAUUCACAAAGGAUGAAGUCAACUAUCUGAUUAGGCUCAAGGAGGUUGAACAGUUAUCUUGGGCCAAGAUCCAUGAACUGUUCACUCGGUCUCACCCAGGCCGGACGCAGGGGUCUCUGGAAGUGUACUAUUGUACAAAACUCAAGGGACGAAUUGAUAGAUAGAUAGAUUAGCAUCGAUGUGGUUGAUCCUGCGAUUAGCCGCUUACAUGAGGACUACUGGAGGAAGCUUUGGCAGGAACACUGUGACCAAUCAAAACGGCAAGCCAGAAAUGAACUUAAUGGCCACAGUACCUACUGUGCUCCGGCCCUCGCAUAAUCCCAUUCCGCUCCAUGUCAUAACCAAGGCACUAAUCUAGCGAGGAUGAUACCACUUGGACUGGGAUAGGCAAACUCCAAGGUAGGGUAACGUGGCAACGACAAGUGAUCCAGGAAAAUUAGCCAUGCGAAGCGGACGUCAGGAUCGACAGAAUGCACAAGUACAUCAAAGCGGACAUUCCAGUGCUUAUAGGUACAUUUCUUCUCGAG